UUUCAUUCAGCAGAUGGGACAGGAUGGAAGCCUCAGCGGAUCCAGGCGUAUUUGAGGGAUAAUAUCCUCAGGAUAAUCUUCACUUUGACCUAUCCUGCUUGACAUCUACCUGUAACCAUGACAACCAAAUCCACCAGCAGUGUUUUGGAUGGGAAAGCCUCUUCCUCUCCUCUCUUGUCCUCUCCACCUCGCCAGCGCCUGGUCACUAAAGAUGGACACUGUGCUCUUAGUUCCCCUCAGUGUCCCUCAGGCUCAUGGUGCAAGGCAUCAGGCACAGCCUGGCUGCUGGCUCUGCAGGACUUGUGGGGAUUAUUGGUGGGUCUACGGUGGAGAUGGGUCCUGCUGGCCUUCUGCACCUCCUUCCUCACCCACUGGCUGCUGUUUGCCUGUCUGUGGUACCUGCUGGCCCACCUCAAUGGAGACCUGGCAGUAAAGGAUCAUGAUGCCCCCCCCCAGGGGCAUGUAGUUUGUGUGAAACACAUUACUAGCUUCACUGCUGCCUUUUCCUUCUCCCUGGAGACACAGCUGACCAUUGGCUAUGGCACCAUGUUCCCCAGUGGAGAUUGUCCCAGUGCCAUUGCAUUGCUGGCUGUUCAGAUGCUGUUGGGGCUCAUGUUGGAAGCAUUCAUCACAG